CACAACAAUAAAUAUCCUGGUUUUGAUUUUAUUAAGAUAAAACAGUGUUUAGAAAAUGUCGCAGACUAAAAAGAUUGGAAUACUGGUUGAAUUUAACUAUGAAGAUCUCGAGCUAUGGUACCCCUAUUACAGACUACGAGAGGAAGGUCACGAGACAUUUACCAUAGGACCCGAGAAAAAUAAAGUAUAUAAUAGUAAACAUUCUUACCCAUGUAAAGCAGCGUAUGGUAUUGAUGAAAUCAAAUUAGAGGAUUUAGACGCUUUGAUUAUUCCUGGAGGAUUUGCUCCUGACUACUGGAGACGAGAUCAGCGUUUCCUGUCAUUGGUAAAAGGUAUUUAUGAAUCUGGGAAACCUAUAGCAGCAAUAUGUCACGGUGCCUGGAUGUUUUGUUCGGCUAAAAUUCUAAAAGGGAAAAAAUUAACGUGUUUUUCAGCAAUAAAAGACGAUGUUGAGAAUGCAGGAGGUUUAUAUGAAGAUAAAUCGGUGGUUGUAGAUGGUAAUAUGAUAACUUCUAGACUACCACAAGAUCUACCAGAUUUCUGUAAAGCUAUCAUUGCUCAAUUAAAAUAAAACAUUUUAAGAAUUU